AUGAGCUUUAAACUAAACCCCCCGUUUCGUGCUGAGCAUCUGGGCUCUCUGCUUAGGCCCGAAGAGCUGCUGAAGGCCCGGAUGGCUUUCGAGAAGAAGGAGCUCUCACCGGAGGAGCUUAAGAUGGUUGAGGACAAAGCUAUCGAGGAUAUUGUAAAGUUGCAAAAGGAAGUGGGUUUUAAGGGAAUCUCGGACGGAGAAUAUAGGCGUCAUAUGUUUUUCGAUGGGUUCUUUGAACAUUUGGAAGGGUUUACUUAUAUUGCGGAGGCACCGAGAGAGAUCUUUAAGAUGUACGUCCCAGAUGUCGGCGUUUUUCUUCUUAAAGAAACGAAACCCCCCUCUACAACUCUCUGUACUGGUAAAAUAAAACACGUCAAAUCCGGUUACCUCCCUCAAUUCGAGGCCCUUAAAGCCCUAGUUGAGCCCUCAGAGGUUAAAAAUAUUAAGCUCACCCUCGCGGCCCCAGAAUGGUACCACUUACGCCAUGGCGAAAAUGCCUAUGACAAAUCCAUCUACGCCAACAACGAAGAGCACUUCAACGAUAUCGCAGCCGCAUACCGAACAGAGCUCGAGAUCCUCUAUGAGGCGGGUUGCAGAAACAUCCAGUUCGAUGACCCGCUGUUGGCAUAUUUUUGCGCACAGCCAAUGCUGGAUGGAAUGAAGGCUGAGGGCGAGGACCCCGAGGCGCUGUUUGAUAGUUAUAUCAGGCUGUAUAACAACUGUCUCCGGGACCGUGCGACGAAGCUUCCGGAUAUGACGGUCGGUCUGCACCUGUGCCGCGGGAACUUUAGGAAUAGUGUGCACUUCUCGGAGGGGGGAUAUGAUGCGAUUGCUACUAAGCUCUUCAAUGAGAUCAACGUGGAUGUGUACUACCUUGAAUACGACACUGAGCGCGCGGGAACCUUUGAACCCCUGAAGCGUCUCCCCAGAAACAAAACGGUCGUACUCGGCCUGAUCACGAGUAAGUUCCCGCAACUAGAGGAUCUCGAGGAGAUGAAGAAGAAAGUCUACUCAGCGGCAGAGAUAAUGGCAUCUGGAAACGCGCAAAGUAAGGAGGAGGCUCUCCAAAGGGUAUGUGUGAGCCCGCAGUGCGGGUUUGCGAGCCAUAUGGAGGGAAAUCUGGUCACAAGAGAUGAUAUGAAAAAGAAGAUGCAGUUGGUUGUGGAGCUGGCGAAGAGUAUUUGGCCGGAUGCGUAG